AUGUGUGUGCAUGUGUGUGGUCUGUUUGCUUUCCGCCUUCCUGUCCGUUUGUCUGUCUAUGUGUCUGUGCCUGUUAAUCGCGAUGAUCUUUUGAAUGUGGACAACAAAAACUGGAAUGGAAUUGUUUGCAGGCGAUGCGACUCACUUAUAUUUCCAGAAGACAAGGUCGGCUACAUUGAAAACUAUACUGCUGAACUGCCAGUCAUGACAGUUGGAGGCAGAGAAGGAAAAGAAACAGAAACCAUCUCUUGGUGGUGGCACACAAAGAGCGACAAGGAUUUCGAUACGAUCGGUUUCGAAUGGCUCGUCAUCGAUAACAAAAAGGUUACUCUACUUUGCGGUGACUGUGAAUUCGGUCCGAUCGGAUUACGCUCAUUGGACGACAAGGAGUUCUGGGUGGCUGUUGAAAGGGUCCGCUACAAGGACAAGAAUCCUGUAAUAUUUACGAAAUCAAACCAGUUCCAAUUUUUAGAAAAACCCUGA